UGUCAUUUGUGUGCUUCGAUUGUUUGCUUUACUAUUUCUAACGUUUAUUUUAUAUUAUCGCAAAGAUUUUAUUCGUAUUAAGUUUCCUUUACGCCGACAACUACUCUGUUAUUUUGAGCAUUCGAACGCUUUCGCAUAAACUCUAGUAUUAUAAUAGUUGGAUACUUUUGUUUGGUUUUAAUUUUAAAUUCAGUCAGCUCGUGUAUAUAUACCUUCAUGUUUCUAUUAAAUAUUACUUGAAACAAAUCUGUGCUUUAGUGAUUUUUAAAACACGCAAAUGCAAAUUGCCGUUAACGUUUCGAUGACAAAACUAGUUCGAGUUUCGGCGGGAGCGCGGUGGGACUAUGUUGUUUCUCGGUGCCUUAACGAUUGGUAUGAUAACUGGGCUGCAGAAUGCCACCACCGAUUUGCCAUCGACGACCAGUGACGUCACGGAGGUCCCUGAGUCCACGGAAAAAGCGACCGAGAUGGGGUUGCUGGAGACGACGAAGUUAUCGGGACCCCAAGUGGAGGACUUUGUGAACGUUACCGUUCAGGAGCAGCCCUCGAUGUGGGAGCUGUACCUACACCACUGCCCCAAAUGGCGGCCGGUUAAUCAUGUAUUUUUUCAAGUGGCCAAUAUAUUUUUUCUGCUCUCAUUCUUGGCGCCUCAUACCCCAAGUGGGUUAAUAUGGCUGAGGGUGGCGCUGAUCAUUGGCUGCGCGUUCUCGGGCUUGUGGGCGUGGAGCGUGGAGUGCUACCUGGACGGUGUGCUGUGGAACAGUGCAUUUAUUGUGAUAAACUUUGUGUACUUCUCAGUGCAGUUUUAUUUGAUGAAGCCCAUCAAAUUUCACAAGGACAUAGAGGAGGUCUACGUGGCUCUCUUCAAGCCUCUAAGGGUGUCAAGAAGACAGUUUCGUCGCGUGCUCAUGUGUAUGAGGAAUGUGCGACACCUCAAGUGCCAUGAACUUUACGCGCAUGAGAAGGUCACCAAAGUUGACAGUCUCUCGCUAGUGCUGUCCGGCAAAUUGGUGGUGUCACAGAACCAGAGGGCGUUACAUAUAGUGUUUCCCCACCACUUCUUAGACUCGCCAGAGUGGUUCGGGGUCUCCACUGACGAGUUCUUCCAGGUGUCAAUAAUGGCUAUGGAAGAGUCUCGAGUGCUGGUGUGGCAUCGAGACAAGUUGAAACUGUCCAUCAUGUCGGAUGCGUUCCUGCAGGCGGUCUUCGACCACAUACUAGGUCGGGACGUGGUGCACAAGCUCAUGCAGGUGAGCGAAACUAUGGCAGUGAGUAACGGCCACCUGCCAAACAGUUACGAAGAAGGUGAAGACAAACCGAUGUUGGUGGUGAAGAAAGCGGGCGAUGGUCCAGGCAUCACCGCACUCUUAAACAGACAGCUACAAGCAACAGAUCCAAACGCAUGGCGACUCGGACGGAUCGAGGAGGCAGACACCGAGACACCAGUGUGAGGACGCGCUUUGCACGUAGCGGUGCGCCCGCGCAGAAUGCAACACGCCCGCCGCUAGUGCACGUGAGAAUUAAGACUACAUAUUGACGCGCAAUAGUGUCUACAAGAAAGUGAUGGACAUACUAAUACGGUGUGGCCUUUCCGCUUGAAACUAGUAUCAAUGCAAUGGAUUUUGAAAGUGAAUUGCCAGCUUUAUGUCGAGUGAUAAAACGCAUUCCGAAAUUGCCGGUCGUUAUGAUUUGCAAUGCACAACUUUACAAUGCAAUAUAAAUUGUUUUAUGCACAAAUUUAUCGUUAAACACAAAACAUAUUUAAAACAGUUUACAGUGUCAUUCCAAUGACAAGAAAUAAAUAAUGUAUAAAAGUUAAUGAAUAAUAAUUAUGGUUGCAAUGAAAUAUAAAUUAAUUACAUUAUUGACUGAAUAGUUAUUCUCAUAUCAAAAAAAUACUCUAAUCAAUUGUUAUAAAAAGCGUUUAUUAAGUAGGUACAGAAUUCUUCAAAUAUCUCUCAAUUGAAUUCAUGCGAUCAUGCGCUCCGGUUAGUGUGAAUAGGGCCUAAUGAAAGUUUGCGUUAUUUUUUAUAAAGAUUGGAUAUACUGUGGUGUUUAUAGAAUAUAUCAAUAAUAAGGUAUCUAAAGCCAUGAUUUUGCGAAAUGGAAACAUGAUAAUAAUUAUUUUAUGUAUAUAAUAUACAUGUACGUAGAUAGAUAUAUAAUUGAUAUUGGCCGCUCCUUUUGUAUAUAAUGUACACAUUGUCCCAACAUUAAUCGUAGCAACGGAAUAUUAGAUUUCUUGUAUAUAUUUAUAUUAUAUAGAUAUAGUAUCUGGUGUGUACAAAAUAUCAAUAUUAAACGAAUUUAAACGAAAAUGUACUUUGUUCUAAUGCAGCUAGAAUUCAAAUUGUGUUUAUUUUUACUAUAUUUUGAUCGUGAUGUUUUUUUUAAUACUGAUUUUUAGUUCUAACUUUUGAUGAUCUGUACGUAUCUAGUAAAUAUUAAUGUGAAAUAUAAACAUUUGGCAUCUGAAUUUAAACUUUGCAGCUAUUUAAAUAUCGCCUUCUAAACGGCAUUAAUUAAAAAAGGAGAAAUCGAUUUUAUUAUUAGAGCAUUAAAGUCCAAUUCCCAAUAUUAUGGAAUUGAAUAUCGCAUUUAAGACGAAACUGCUAUAACACGCGGUGUAUAUUGACUGACUGAUCUGGUUUUUAUAUUAAUUGAUCGUUAAAAGUUGUAUUUACUAAUUAUAUUUAUAAUAAACCAUAAACAAACAACAGGUGUCUUAAUCCUACAACGUUUUGUAUUGCAGUUAGAAUAAGGGAUGCAAAAGGUGUUCGUAAAGAGUAUACCAAGAUAAGUCAAGUCAUACACAUUCAUGUUGACCUCCGUGGUCUAAUGGUUUAGCACAUGACUUUAAUUUUGAUGGUCGCGGCUUCGUUUCCUAGUACGGUACAGACAUUUGUAUUUGAGUAUGACUGUUUGUGUUGGGCAUUUGCGAUGUAUAUUAUGUAUGUGUUUACAAAAAUAUGUAUUUGAGUAUUUAUCAGUAGACUAGACAGUCUAGUAGUGGUAGUAUUUUAAGGAAGGUGUUACAUAUGAAUGUGGACCGUUAUAAGGGCAAAGGAAGGCCGAAAGAAAAAGAGACGGAUGGACUUUGUGAAAAAUUAUAUGUUAAGAAAGACAGUGAAUAACGAGAUGACUGCGAACAGGGGUGAAUGGAAGAGAAAAACAUGUUACGCCUACCCCAAAUAAAUGCGAUAAGGAAGAGGCAGGUGAUGAUGUACGUAUGACUGCGUCAAAUUUAAAACGGUUUUUUUUAUCUAGCUUUUAACUUGGUAUACUCUAUUCUAACCCAAUCAUAAUAAAGCACAAUUUGCAACUAAUUUAGUAUACUCAAUGAAGCAAUAAAUACAGUUACAUAAUAAAGGUAUUGAUAACGGUGAGCUACUCAUGUAAAUGUGUAUACAUAAUGUAUGUUUGUUGGUUUGAAUGUUAUAUGAAUAUACGACAUUCCAAAUUAUAUUAUGUUGGGGCUAAAUUGAAUGUACGUAAUUAAUGUUAAGUCGCAUUGACACGAAUAGAAUAUGUUCAAACAAGUACCGGAUUAGUUUAGUACCAGAAGUAGCAAAUGUGUGCACUGAGGGACCCAGAGGUCCCGCUGUCUGAAUAUAAUACAACAAAAAAAUAAUUUAAAUAUUUUUUAAUUUGUACAACUUCUAAACCAUAUAAAAAUAUAUUCAUUUAUAAUAAAAAAACAAUAUUUACUCUAAAGAAAAAUAAAACA